CAUCACAGAGAAGCAGAGGCAGAACUUUAGCGAGCACACUUCACUGUGGAACAAAGCUACUGAGGCUUCUCUAUUGGUGUUUUCCGCAACAGACGCCAUGGAUGAUGAGUACAACGAUACAGAUCUCUUGCUCAUCAACAAUUCUAGUGAUAACAGCUGGGACCACAAACGCUUCCUAAAGUUCAAGGAGGUCUUUUUGCCCUGCAUGUACCUGGUGGUGCUUGUCUUUGGACUGCUAGGGAACUCCCUUGUUCUGAUUAUAUACAUUUUCUACCAGAAGCUGAGGAGUCUGACAGAUGUGUUCCUGGUGAACUUGCCCUUGGCUGACCUGGUGUUUGUCUGUACUCUACCCUUCUGGGCCUAUGCAGGUACCUAUGAGUGGGUCUUCGGCACGGUCAUGUGCAAAACUCUUCUAGGCAUGUACACAGUGAACUUCUAUGUGUCCAUGCUCACUCUCACCUGCAUCACGGUGGAUCGUUUCAUUGUAGUGGUCCAGGCUACCAAGGUCUUCAACCAGCAAACUAAAUUGAAGAUCUGGGGCCAGGUCACUUGCUUACUCAUUUGGGUGAGCUCCCUUUUGGUUUCUUUGCCACAUAUCAUCUAUGGCAAUGUUGAAAAUUUUGACAAGCUUAUCUGUCAGUACCACAAUGAGGCAAUAUCCACUGUGGUUCUUGCCACGCAGAUGACUCUAGGGUUCUUCCUGCCAUUGCUCACUAUGAUUGUGUGCUACUCAGGCAUUAUCAAGACCUUGCUUCAUGCUCGAAGCUUCCAGAAGCACAAAUCUCUAAAGAUCAUCUUCCUUGUUGUGGCCGUGUUUCUGCUGACUCAAACACCCUUCAACCUUGCCAUAUUAAUCCAAAGCACAAGUUGGGAGUACUAUACCAUGACCAGCUUUCAGUAUGCUAUCCUAGUGACAGAGGGCAUAGCAUACCUUCGGGCUUGCCUUAACCCUGUACUUUAUGCCUUUGUUGGCUUAAAAUUUCGGAAGAACUUCUGGAAACUUGUGAAAGAUGUUGGCUGUCUCCCUUACCUGGGAGUCUCCAGUCAGGGGAAGUCUUCUGAGGAUAGUUCCAAGACUUGUUCUGCCUCCCACAAUGUAGAGACCACCAGCAUGUUCCAAUUGUAGUAGUCCUGGCCAUACUUGGAGAAGCUAGUGUCAGAAUUCUCAGGAGCAUGUCUAUGUUCUUCAGAUGCAACAAGAAAAGCUUUGCUUAUAGCAUGUGGACUCUCAUGGUGACAUCAUUGAAAACUGUGGCUGUUAUACUUCUUGGAUAUAAACAUACCUUGUUCUUAAUAUCUAAGCCUAAUGCUCAAAGAAGAAUGAAUUGAGAUUUUUAAGCACUUUCUCUCUUCCAUCCCCAAGAAUGCUGAAGCCAAGAUUAUGACAGUUAACUCUAGAGAUCUCAGAUUCUCUUUUAGCAAGUUUGGGGCUAAAAGUUGAAGAGAAGCUGCACCAGAAAAGUUGUUGAUGGCAUGUGACAUACAGGGCUCCUGAGUUCAGAAGAUUCAAUGGGCAAGCAGUGGAAAGUUGAGAACCACCACCACAAGUGCUGGUCCAUGUUACUCAGAUCUGUCUGUCAUCAGGUACCUAAUAGGAUAAGACCAAGCUCUGAUUCAUCCAGGGGUCUGACUUUUGUAUUGGUGAUGCUUAUGUUUUCUUGGAUUAGUCUUGGAAAGAGCAGCAUAAGGACUGAAAAUAGGUCAAAAUAAGUAAGCUGAAUUUCAGUGGCCAACAUAAUGCUAGAAAAAUGUAUAGAACAGAAAUUAAGAAUAUAACAAAUCUAAGCAGCAUUAUUAGGGUGGACUCUAGUGGCUUUGCUCUCAAAAAAAAAAAAAAAAAAAGAAACUUUCCAAUGCCUGCAACAGAUAGUAUGUACACACAAACAUCAAAUAUUUUGAGUUUCAUGGCUAAGAAAUAAAACCUUUUAAAAGUUU